CCUUUUGCUAAAUAAUUAAUAAUUUACUACUUUUUAAUAAAAGCAGUCGAGAAAAGCGGUGAAAAGUGUAUUCAGAGAACGAGGAAGUUGUCUUUUGUUCACUUUACGUUGUCCCGAGAAACUGAGUCCACUUCGUCAUAGAAUUUUGUGACAAAAUUUUAUAUCGUCUACAUCGAGUCAUUCAAGUGAAUAUCCAAUAGAUUCACAAAAGAAGAAUGUCCAUUUCGAAAUUUUACGAAUUUCGUGAGAUAUUUAUAACAGGAGUAACGGGAUCUUUGGGAAAGGUGCUUUUAGAGAAACUGCUAAGGUCUUGCAAUACCAGAAAGAUUUACGUUUUAAUCAGAUGCAAAGAAGGAAUGCCAGCGGAAGAAAGGAAGACGGAAUUGUUUCGUUGUAAAAUUUUCGAAAAUGUUUUACUGAAAAAUCCGGAUAUUUACAACAAAGUGAAAUGCAUCGAAGGGAACCUCACUCGAGAGAAUUUAGGAAUUUCUUUUUCGGACAUGAAUUUGAUAGCGAAGAAUGUUUCGUUGGUGUUUCACUUGGCCGCUUCAGUUAAGUUCAAUGAGCCUUUUCGAGAUGCAUUCGUCAAUAACGUGGAAGCGACGAAAAAUGUGAUCGAAGUUUGUCGCCAAAUGAAAAAUUUAUCGGCCUUCUUGCACACAUCUACAGCUUAUUCUUUCUGCAAUAGAAAGGAAGUGGAUGAAAAAAUUUAUACAAUGUCAAGAACUUAUGAAGAAUUUCAAAGCAUCGCAAAUCCACAAAAUAAUGCUUCGAUAGAUAUAACGGACAAAAAUAUUUCAGAAGGUCGACCCAACACGUAUACUUUAACAAAGGCCAUAACAGAAAAUUAUUUAAAUGACUUUUGUAGAGAUUUGCCUAUAGUUAUUGUGAGACCUUCUGUCGUGGGUUGCGCUUUGAAGGAACCAUUUCGCGGAUGGACCGACAACAAUAGUGGUGCAGAUUCUUUAAUUGCGUCUGGAUUGAAAGGAAUAUUCAGGAACAUGUUGGUUGACGAAGACAAAGUUUGUGAUUUCAUUCCAUCAGACGCAGUGAUUAAUUUGAUGUUAGCUGCUACUUGGAGAAAGGCAAUUACUUCUCAUCGAAGUGAAAACGAAAUUCCUGUUUACAAUUGCACUUCAGGAUCCAUAAAUCCUUUUACUUGGGGCCAGUUUUUCGGAUGUUUAAAAACGCAUUAUUGGAAUUACCCCUCAGAAAAUACCUUUUUAUAUCCAACAAAAAUACCCAAGAAGAAUUACUACUGGAAUCGCGUAUGCAUUGUAGUGCAGCAUCAAUUUCCUGCCUUGUUAUUCGAUAUAUCUCAAAUUGCCGUUGGCAGAAAACCAAAGAUGAUGAACGUUUACAAAAAAGUUCAUAGGACUAUAAACAUGUUAGAAUAUUUCUGUGUAUGGGAUUGGAAGUUUGGUGCCAGGAACGUGCAGGAACUACUGGAAACGAUGUCGACGCAAGAUAAACAGAAUUUCGAUUUCGACAUCUCGAAACUCAAUUGGUACCAAUACAUGGAAGAUUACGUUCUGGGCAUCAGGAGAUUUGUUUUGAACGAAGACGACUCGACCAUCCCUCGAGGUAGAAAGACGUUAUUAGUGAAAUAUUAUUUAAUUUUAUUUGCAAACACUGGAUUGUUUUUUGGAUUUCUUUACAGUCUUACUUUCUUAUCAUUCUAAUUUUUCCGAAUGAAUUUAAGUUCAUCAUUUUCAAAAUUCGUACAUUAAUUUUCUGUUAACUUUAUCUUGAUUAUAAUUUAUUAUAUCCUAUUUUAAUUGUAAUACUAAUUAAUGUUUCGCAACAAAGCAGGAAAAUGAUGCUACUUAUGUACAAGAAUUUUAAAAUUUUAGUAAUUAUUAAAACCUUUAAAUAGUUGUGAAGUCUUAAACAUUGCUUAUACGAGAAGCUGCUGUAAUUAUUCAUAUUAAAUUUAUAAUAUAGAAGAGGAAAGCAGAUUAAACUACGGAAGUGAAGUCGACUCUGUUAUGAACAAGGAAUCGUAUUCUUUCUAAAUUAUUAUUUUA